CUUUUAAACUCUGGUCACGUCUUUCACUUCAAAACCUCUGUUUUUUUCUUCCUUCCGCAAAAAAAUAUCCAAACGGGAUAAACCCAAAUCCCAAAUUCACAAUCAGCGUGUUCAAUCUGAUUCCUAGAGAUUCAGAUAAGGUUUCGUCAGAUCGAAACACCCAUGUCUCUGUUCCCGAUUUUAACCGCCUCCUUUCUCUUCCUCUUCUCCCUCACUCCGCCGUCCACCACCGCCUCUACAUCCAACGAUUCGCCGACAGCAUACACUCUCCUCCAAAGCUACAACUUCCCCGUCGGAAUCCUCCCCAAAGGAGUCUUAUCAUACGAUCUCGACAAAUCCACAGGGAGAUUCCACGCGUAUUUCGACAAGUCGUGCACCUUCUCUCUCCAAGGCUCUUACCAAUUGGAUUACAAAUCGACUAUCUCCGGCGUCAUAUCGGAGAACAAGAUCACGAGGUUGACCGGUGUGAAGGUGAGAGUUCUCUUCUUGUGGCUUAACAUCGUGGAGGUUAUUAGGAAUGGGGACGAGCUUGAGUUCUCCGUUGGGAUUACGUCGGCGAAUUUUGGGAUUGAGGAGUUUUAUGAGUCGCCUCAGUGUGGAUGCGGGUUUGAUUGCAAUGGAUUGAGAUUGGAGAGUGAGAGUUUGGGAAGAAACUCUUUUGUCUCUUCGGUUUGAAGGUGUUUUUUUUUUUUUUGUUCAUUUGUAAUUAAUUUAUGUGAAAGGAGGGGACUUUUCUUACAGAACAUUGAACUCUCUUGUUCUUGUUUCAUUUAUUAUGUUUUGUUUCAAUAAUUGCUUUUGGAUUAAUCAACCAAAUGUAUUGUAUUUCCAAGCAAUAAAAUGAUGGAUAUACAGUGGGAAAUUUGAUUUUCUUUUUUGGUUGAUCAAUGGUUUUGAAAUGUUGCAUUCUAUUCAUAUGAAUGUCCAUGAAAAGUGUUAGAUCCUUCCUUUACUUGUUUUGAUUUAUUCUGAGCUUCUUUAGUGUAAGA